GCGGCCUCUUCCCGGGCGGCCAGAGCGGACUUGCCUCUGCGGGAGCCAUGGCUUGCGUUGCCGGACUCUGGGGUCCCUGCACCCAUGUCAGCAGAGCCCUCGGCCUGCGAGGUUUCAGCACCACGGGUAGCCUCGGCGCCAUUCAGAAGAUGACCCGGGUCCGUGUGGUGGACAACAGCGCCCUGGGCAACACCCCCUACCACCGCCCGCCGCGCUGCAUCCACGUGUACAACAAGAGCGGCGUGGGCAAGGUGGGCCACCGCAUCCUGCUGGCCAUCAAGGGCCAGAAGAAGAAGGCGCUCAUCGUGGGGCACCGCAUGCCCAGCCCCCGCAGGACCCCCAGGUUCGACUCCAACAACGUGGUCCUCAUUGAGGACAACGGGAACCCCAUGGGGACCCGCAUUAAGACGCCCAUCCCCACCAUCCUCCGCCGCAGGGAGGGUGAGUUCUCCAAGGUGCUCGCCAUUGCACAGAACUUGGUGUGAGCAGCUGCGGACCGCAUCCUGGGAAAAAAAUAAAC